AAAAAAAUUUUAGGAUCAUUGAGAAAAAAAAAAAAAGGAUAUACGGCCUUUUUUUUCUCCCGCCUUUUUAGUUCCCAGUUUUCUUUUGCCUGACUGACACUUGGUAAAAUAAAAGAAAAUGGCGUCGUUGUUACAGAAGCUUAGCUCGGUUUUACCUGGGAAGAGCGCAGAAACGAGCAAUAGCAACAGCCACAAUGAACACGGUGAAGUGGAGAUUGAUCAGAUACCCCCAGAUGACUUGUUGGUGGAAGACGCGUGCGACAGCUGCCCAGCUCCCUGCGAAGACCAUAAACAGUAUCCGUCUUACCUCGAUUUUGAUAAAGACUCACCAUUACUGGGAUCCAUGCUCCCUUACGGUCGUCAUAUCAUGAUUAGCACAGGUCAAAGCGAUUGGGCGGAGCGGAUCGAAGAAGACACGGGCACAUUGGCCGCCAAUCUUCAAGCCAUUUUGAAGGAACGACCCACAGACUGGCGCACGUUCGUCACCAACACGUCUGCCUUGGCUCCCCAUUCCACCGUGACGGACGGUCACGAUAUCACCAUUUUACCCGACAAUAUCAUUGUUGCUAACGUUACACCGGACAAAGCGGAACAAUUCUAUCAGCAAUUCGUCAACGUGCCACUGCCAGCCGAAACGUACAAUAUCAAUCAAGUCAAAGAAGAAGCCGAAAAGAAGGGCGAUUUUGCUGUGUACAAAAAUCCCUAUGAUUCAAUGAUCCUGAUCUGUUCGCAUCGAAAGCGAGAUAAACGUUGUGGCGUUACGGCGCCUAUUCUUGCCCGUGAAUUUGAUAACGUGCUGAGAGAAAAAGAUAUCAUCGAAGGCGAAGGAGGAGCGGCCGUCUUGAUGGUGAGCCAUAUUGGAGGUCAUAAAUUUGCAGGAAACAUUAUUGUGUAUACGGAUCAAGGCAAACGAGGUGUUUGGUAUGGACGAGUGAACUCUUGCCAUUGUCAGGCCAUUGUCGAAAAGACGAUUUUGGAAGGCAAAGUAUUGAAGGAACUCUAUCGCGGAUCCAUGUCUCACAGUUUUGGUCCCGCUGGGUGUAAUCGCCAUGCAUGGUAGUUCGUGUCGGUCCGUGUCCGCCCAUGUCCGUUUCGCUUCGUUUUUUGUGUUUUUGUUUUUUAUUAGCAUCUAUUCCUGGUGCAACCCCUCCUAUGUAGAAUACCUCAAGUAUAAUAAACCAAAUAUAUGUAUAAAAAAAGGAACGUGCUUUGAUCUUGCCGUUUAAAAAAAGAAACAG